UAAUAUGAAAAGAGAGAGACAAAGCUGGCUGCUAGCUGUGACGUGACAUCGAUGGGGAAGUUGCAGGAAAGAUUUGUUUAAUGUGCUUUCAUUUACUUCUUAGAACAGUGAUGACAUUACAUCAACACCACCAAAAAGUGAGUCACAUAAUGUAACUGCUACUUGGACCUAUCAGGAUCUAUAUAAGCAUUUUUAGCUGUGGUCUUGGGAGACAGAAGUCAGACCUUUUCUGCUGCAGCAAGGCUCCUUACCAAGCUGGGCACCAUGCAGUACCUCCUACUUUGUGCUGCCAUCCUCCUACCUGAGAGUCUUGCUUUUCCAGUACACAUGAAACUAGAACCAUGGAGCAACGUAGACCUUGAGAAAGUAAAGGUAUAUCUCGAUAAAUUCUUUCCACUUUUUCCAAAAACAAAAACCUUAAGCUUAGAAGACAGGAUUAAAGAAAUGCAGAGGUUUUUCCACCUGACCGUAACUGGAACAUUAAAUACAGAAACAGAAGAAACAAUCAAACUGCCCAGAUGUGGAAUGCCCGAUAUAGCAGAAUACCAAACAUUUCCUGGAACUCCAAGAUGGAAAAAAACACAUUUGACUUACAAGAUUGUCAAUUAUACUCCUGACCUACCCAGAAGGAAAGUGGAUGAUGCAAUUAGAAAGGCUUUAAUGGUAUGGAGUGAUGUGACUCCACUGAACUUCCAAAGAGUACAGAGUGGCCGUGCAGACAUUGAGAUUGGAUUUGCACGUCGUGAGCAUGGUGAUGGAUAUCCUUUUGAUGGAAGAGGUAACACACUAGCCCAUGCAUUUGCACCUGGAGAAGGGAUUGGUGGAGAUGUUCAUUUUGAUGAGGACGAAAAAUGGUCAGAGUUCAAUCAAGAGGUUAAUUUGUUCCUUGUUGCUGCUCAUGAGUUUGGCCAUUCUUUGGGACUUGCUCAUUCAAAUGUCCGUGGAGCUCUGAUGUACCCUAUCUACUCAUAUGAGAACCCAGCAACCUUCAGACUUCCAGCGGACGACAGGCGAGGAAUUCAGAAGUUAUAUGGGAAAAAGUCAUCAAACUCUUGAAGAAAAUGCUUAGCAAAGGUCAAGGAAUUCACAUCUCACUGUUUUGGUCUUUCAAAACAAUUUAAAACUUCUGGCUAAUUAAGGCAGUAAACUCCUGGGCUGCACUUUCUC